AUGUUCAGAAUUACUUCUAAAUUGAAGCUAUGCGGAGAUAAAAUCUCCGAUUAUGAUAUGCUUGAGAAAACGUUUACAACGGUUCAUGCCUCCAAUAUGGUACUGCAACAACAGUACAGAGAGAAAGGCUUCACAAAGUACUCUGAACUGAUUUCUCUCCUACUUGUGGCUGAGCGAAAUAAUGACCUGCUCAUGAGAAAUCACGAAAAUCGACCCACUGGGUCUACACCACUGCCUGAAGCAGAUAAGGUGCACUCUCAUUAUGCCAAUCAUGAAAAGGGCCAUGGUCGUGGUCGUAAUCGGGGUCAUAGCCGUGGACGUAGACAAGGAAGAAAUUCCCAUGAAAUCCGUCAACCCCCAAGGAGAGAUAACCGCCGAAAGCAGAAACGGGAUUAUGAGAAUCCUAAGGCAAAUAGUUCAGAAACUAUAUGUUAUCGUUGCGGUGGGAAAGGGCACUGGUCAAAGGCUUGCCGUAUACCAAGACAUUUGGUUGACCUUUAUCAAGCAUCUCGAAAGAGUAAAGGCCCUGAAACGAAUUUUUUCUCUGACGACAACUUUGACAUCACCCACUUGGAUGUGGCAGACUUCUUUGAGCAACCCGAGGGGAAGAUAGACCACCUAAUCGGUGAUGGAUCCGUGAUGAAAGAAGAUGGAGCUGUUUGA